CCCUUCACCGUGCGUGAACGCUGCCCAAACCUGCACGUCCAAAGGUUUUUAAACAAUCGGUUACACUUUAAUGUUGAGACUGCACGAGGUUAUAGCCCGCGUUCGCGUGUGCGCUAAGUGAAGGCAGGCUGAAGAAGUUUCCCGCGUGGAAUUGCACGGGUGGCAGAGUUCUGCUCGGUAUGCAUCGACAAUGUCCGGAGAAAUGCCUCCAAGCAUUUACCGCGCGGAGGUGACGGAUGAUUACGCCCAGCCAAAGAAAAUGCCAUAUGUUGACAAGGGCUGUGAGCCCCGAAACCCGUUCGUUCGUGAAGACUCAGAGGAACGCUUUAUGGCCGGCUUUGACAAUCGACAAGCAGAGGGACUCAUUCACAAACAAGCGAGUGCUUCCCACCUGCCACUGGACCUGUCGUUUGGUGCGCUGCGCCGGUGCGACAUCGCGUCGCAGCAGCUGCAGCAGCAGCAGCCUCGCCGGUCCUCCAGCUGCAACUCUUUCGGGAGCUCAGACGUGAGGUCUCAAAGAGGUUCUCCUUCUUCGUCCUCCUACGACGCCGAUUCUCCCGGCGACGCCGCAGGGACGCCGGCACGGUGCCCGCCCGAUGACUUCACGGCGACGGCAUUGCCGCACAGGCCCUGGGAAGACAGCUCGGCCUACAUGUGCAAAAAGCAAAAAGGCUACGUGCCGAGCUACCUGGACAAGGACGAGCCGUGCGUGGUGUGCGGGGACCGUGCCACGGGAUACCACUACCGCUGCAUCACCUGCGAGGGCUGCAAGGGAUUCUUCAGACGGACCGUCCAGAAGAGUCUGCACGCCACCUACGUCUGCAAGUUCGCCGGAGGCUGCAUCGUCGACCGCGUGACGCGCAACCAGUGCCAGGACUGCCGAUUCCGCAAGUGCCUGGCCGUGGGGAUGGUCAGUGACCUUGUGUUGGACGAGGACAAGCGGCAGGCCAAGCGACGGCUGAUCGAGGAGAACCGUGAGCGUCGGCGCCGCGAGGAGUCGCAGAGGCAGACGCAGCAGCAGCAGCUGCCGGCGGAGCCCAGCGCCGCUGAGUGGGAGCUCAUCCGCAUGGUGACGGAUGCUCACCGAGCCACCAGCACGCAGGGCAAUGGCUGGAAGGAGCACCUCGGGUUCUUGUCCGCGCCGGGACCCGGUGAGGCAGGGGAGGUGAAAUCGGCGGUGGCGGCGGUGGCGGUGCAGGAGGAGGCCGACGACCGUGCGCCCGUGGACCUGCAAGCUUUCUCUCAGUUCACGCGGAUCAUCACGCCCGCCAUCACCCGCGUCGUCGACUUCGCCAAGAAGCUUCCCGUCUUCACCGAGCUGCCGUGCGAGGACCAGAUCAUUCUGCUCAAGGGCUGCUGCAUGGAGAUCAUGUCGCUGCGCGCCGCCGUGCGCUACGACGCCGAGAGCGACACGCUCACGCUCAACGGCGAGAUGGCCGUGCGGCGUGAGCAGCUCAAGCUCGGCGGACUGGGCGCCGUCUCCGAUGCCAUCUUCCAGCUGGGGCGUUCGCUCGCCAGCUUCGCGCUGGACGACGCCGAGGUGGCGCUGCUCCAGGCCGUGCUGCUGCUUUCGUCCGACCGGCCGGGCUUGCGGAGUGCGGCGCGAAUCGAACGGAUCCAGGAGUCGUUCCUGCUGGCGCUGGAGCACUACGUGGCGUCGCGCCUGCACACGCAGCGCUUCUUCUGGCCCAAGCUGCUCAUGAAGAUCACGGAUUUGCGCACCAUCGGCGCCUGCCACUCCAGCCGCUUCCUGCAGAUGCAGGUGGCCUGCCCCACGGAACUAUUCCCUCCGCUCUUCCUCGAGGUCUUCCAGGAUUGACGCUGAACUCCCGGCCUCCAGCCAACAAAGCGGCUCUGCCAGAGGUCGAUCGCAGCACCUCCGAGGUGUCAGCCUGAGUCUUGUGGAGGCACGGAAGACUCCGGGGAAGAAGAACUGUUUACAAUGAACUGGACAGCCUCUCCCGACCGCUCAACUCGAGGAGUCCGGGUCAGGUGAGGAGCGCCGAGGACUCGCUUUGUGCCGGCUGAGCUUUCACGGCCUUGGCCUAAACGUCUCACCUCUGGUUGUGGGAGAAAAAACCCAGGACAUGCACGUCAACAAACACAACUUUUGAACGAAAGCAGUGCAGCGUAGUUUAGUGCCUGUCACCUGAAUUCCUCAUGCUGUAUUAAAUAAAUAGCAGUCGCUCCAGAUCUAAUGCAGCAAUUGUUACGUGACAGGAAUACAAUCUGAGAUAAUGGCUUCUGGGGACUGCCUGCAUAACCUUUUUUUUUAACCAAAAUUGUUUUAUUCAUUCUAAUUUAUUGAGUAACAACGACUAAUUAGCAAAACAAUCACUUCCUUUCCACGUUUAAAGUUGUAAUUAGGAACCUUACAAACAUGUGGAGAUGAAAAAUUGUAAUACAUUUUCUCGGGAACAUUAUCCAAAUAACAAGGUGAGACAAUUAAGCCUCAACACAAUGUCAACAAUUUUCCAAGCAUUGUACAAUUUAUAUAUAUAUCUUUUUUGCAACUUGUAUAAUUGUGCAAAGAAAUUACUUUCGAUUAAUUCACUGCUCACUCACGUCUCUUCGAUGCGCAUCGGGAUUUUUUUUGUACGCGAAGAAAGACGGCACUGCACGUGCUUUUAUGAACUGAUGUUCCAAGAUGUUCCAAGCAGGCGGCUGCCAUGGUGCUUUACAAGCGAGGACCAGGGAUUCAUCAGGCAGCAGUGAUGAUGCACACGGGAUGAGAUCCAGUGUUGUUGUCCUCAGCUGUCAAAUAAAUACGCACUUUUAAAAAAAAAUUGUUGUUCUUGGGCUAUGGAAGAAAGCGCAUGA